UUAUAUUUUGAAUAGGCUACAGAUGGGCCUUGCCACUGAGAAACCGCGGGUGGUUUAGGAAGUGGGUGAUCAAAUGUUCUCUGAUUGGCUGAGACGCUCUUGGUAUGGUAAUUUGCUCACCUGGCUGGGAUCGACCACCUGGGCCCCGCCCCUUCAUUUAAAUAAGGGCAGGACAUGACAGCAGAGACAGGUGCUUAUUCGGAUCUCAAUGGACUACGCGACCUGAUGUCUACGUUUUAUCCGAUGUGGCGUUAACUUAAGUCAACUCUCCAUGGUUGAUGGUCUGUUUUGCACUUAGUGGUGAUAUUUAGACAAGAGGCCCCUGGAGCUCCGGGGCCUGCCCUAAUCGUUUUCUCUCUGUGCGAUGCCUAAGAGUGACACGUGGCCCGGCAGCGUUGCCCCAGAACCUUCCAGCAGUAAUAUGGACAGCGCUGGAAGCUGUGACAGCGUGAUCAGCACCAACUCUGGCUUUAGUGUGGACAGUCUGCAGCACCUGUCUGCCGCGGAGAGGGAGUGUCUUAUGUAUCUGGAGGAAACAAUUGACUCUCUGGACGUGGAUGAAGACAGUGGACUGUCCAAUGACGAGCCAGAAACUUCCCAUCAGGCUGCAGCUAUAGCCGUCCACCCCUCAAAAGCUGCGGAUCAGAGCGGAGAAGACUCUGAAAGGGACCAGGGCAGACCUGUCCAUCAUGGGGUGCCCACAACCCUUCCCCUGUCCAACGGUUUUGGGAACCUCCCACAGAUGGCCCCGGCAGACGUCCAUGAACCUAAAACCCCUGAGGUGUCAAACAACUCAAACACUCCGUUGGAAACAGAAACAGGAGAAUUGGAAACAUCUAAGUUACACUGUGAGGUACAAGGAAUUGACUCCGCAACCGACUCAUUGGCUCCGCAAGCACAGAUGUUAGCUUCAGCGGCAGAUGGGAACUGUGACCUGUGUGCCCCCUCGGACACUAAGCUUGAGCCCAAUCAGUCCAGCCCUCAGCCUGAGACUGAGCUGAUUUUGAUCCCCCCUCCGUCUGACUUCAUGGAUGAACCAGGGCCUGAGCCACAAUCAUGGCCACAGCCACAACCAGGGCCAGAGCCACAACCAGAGCCUGAACAACAAUCAGGGCCUGAGCCACAACCAGAGCCUGAACCACAAUCAGGGCCUGAGCCACAACCAGAGCCUGAACCACAAUCAGGGCCAGAGCCACAACUAGAGCCUGAACCACAAUCCGGGCCUGAGCCACAACCAGAGGCUGAACCACAAUCAGGGCCUGAGCCACAACCAGAGCCUGAACCACAAUCAGGGCCUGAGCCACAACCAGAGGAGCGCCCGGAUCCUACCGUAUCCGUGGAGACGCCUGUCAGAAGACAGCACGUCGAUGUGGAGGAGCUCCGUAAGAGAGCCUCCAGCAAGAGAGCUCCUGUGAGCUCCGAUGUCGUCCAUCCACCGGUCCCCCACCUGGCUGUGGCAGAAGUGCCUGAGACUCCCAGUGCACCCCACUCCCAGACGGUUACCACAGCCAACCUUCUCCCUGAACAUCUUGAGCCCAAGAGCCCACCUGCUGUGGCCCCAAAGCCCAAGAAACUUCCUUCAAACAUCAUCUUCAAGUCCCAGAAGCCUUUUGCCGAUAGUAACUUCUCCCCACCUGCCAGUGACAGGAUGCUGUCGGAAGGCCAGAAGAUCCGCAUGGAAGCGCUCAGAAAGCUUGGUCUCCUCAAAGCCGAAGACGCAGACUUAGAUCCACGCCUGAGUCUGCCUACUAGUUCCCACUCCAGGAGGUCUUGGGCUGCCCCCUUGUCUCCAGCAGCUCGGCAAACUCCCCCAUCACCUUCGAUUCGAACGCCAUCGCCUACCGUUUCCACCGUCCCAGUGCCCCCUCCCUGGGCCGAGGUUUCCACACAGGCCAACGCGGCUUUGACGCCGGCAGCUCUGGCCAAAGAUAUUCUCCCAGUUCCUUCUGCUUUCAGUGACACCGGUGAACCACCGUCCCUAUAUCACAGCCAGGAAGCAUCUCCCGCUAAGAUCAUUAUCUCAGCGCCCACCGUUAACACCGGUGUCAAAUCUGCCACCCUUGCACACUCGGGAACAGGCUUGAGUAGCCUCAAGCCAAGCCUCGGCGUGCUGCGUAACGGCCGCCCCCGCCCCGCCUCUCUGGGCUCCGGGAAGGACUUUUCUCAUGUCAAGGUGGAGGCGUUAGCGCCCAACGCUAAGGAUGCUAGCACCAGGAGGUCCACCCCGGUCGCCCCUGUCUCGCAGAACGCUGGAGAGUCCACGGGAGUGCCUCGCUACCACGGGGUCAGCGUGGUCAUCUGCCCCCGCGCGGAAAACGACGAGGGCCGACGCCAUGCCCUCAAGAAGCUUGGUCUACUGAAGGACUAGCCGCCGCCUGGACCCAUUUUACCGUCUUUUGUUCUGGGCUCUCUGCCCCAUUCGAAGGACCUCAGAUGGUGAUUGGCUAGGUGAGCAAAGCAGAUGUACAGUCUCUGCUGUGUCGUGUAACUUUAUUGUUGUGUUAAAUGGUCUUUUCAAGUGUAACCGUACUAUCAUGGUUACUUGAUUUCUCUUGUUUUAUUUUUCUUAGAAUAGAAGCAAGGGCAUUUUUUUUUACAUUUUUAUCAAUUCAAAUGCAUCCAACUUCUUCUGGAGCUCUGUACUAUAUAUAUAUAUAUAUAUAUAUAUAU